GGAAGCGCUUGUCGCGACCAGCCUCUUGUUAGCCUGUUGCACUUAUAAAACCCAUUUCUCAAGCACGAUUAGGUCUUCGGUUUUCUCUUUAGACUAUCCUUGUCUCUGUGCCCGUCUUGUGGUUGUCCACGACUAUGGCUCGGCCUCUGGAGCCAAACCGGCGCCGAUCCCUUUCCGAUCCACUGGCUGCUGCGCUCAUGCCCCCUCCAAACGAGAGUGCUGCAGAUCGUGAAAGGAGAUUGGAAGCAGAGUCGGAGGCUAAACGGGUCAGCGAUGGAAUUGAUGAAAUGCUCCGUGCAGAGAAGAAAGAGAAGAAGGCAAAACCUGAAAUUAAGGUCUUGAUUCUGGGGCAGAGUGAGAGCGGCAAGAGUACCACUCUGAAACAAUUUCAAUUAAUGCAUGCGAAGGCUGCCUUCCAUGCUGACCGAAUCGCAUGGAGAGCUGUAAUAUAUCUGAACCUCGUGCGAUCCGUUCGCCGCAUCCUUGACGCUGUCUCCCCUGAAUCAGACCAACCAGACGAGGCAGAAGAUCAGGAGACUGCGUCUGGUCUUACAAUCUCCUUGACUAACCCAUCUUCCGUGACUAAGGUCGCCAGGUAUCCCCAAUAUCGCCACGCAUUGGAACCUCUGAGGGAACUGGAGGAACGUUUGAUCCGAAUGUUAUCAUCUCCUAAUGAAGACGAGCCUACCCACACUACCCCUUCAAAGCCUGAUUGGAGUAUCUAUGCAAACGGUAACUCUAAUACCCAAGUUACUGUUGGCAAGAACGGCCGACCCGCGCCAUUCAUUACCAUACCCCCCCUACAGACAUCUUCCCCUCUUUCGCCCUCAACGAGCCUCCCUUCUCCUGGUGGGUCAAGCAAUAGCUCGUCUAAAUCAAAGAAUGUGGAAGUUAGCGUUCAUCAUACCUCGAACUGGAAAAAGGCCUUUUCCCUUGGCAAUAGGAUCAAGAGUCCUAAGAGUGCACACACUAAUGAGAUUGAGGGCUGGUGGGACGAUCCAAGUGACCCUGUUCAUGUGCUCAAUUCUUGCGCUCAGCCGAUGCUGGCAUUAUGGAAAGACCCCAGUGUCAAACAACGCCUACGGGAGAAACGGAUCAGAGUGGAAGAGGGCAGUGGCUUCUUUUUGGACGAAAUAUCCCGUAUCACCGCUCUACGGUAUUUUCCGAGCGACCAGGAUGUCUUGAAAGCCCGGCUCAAGACCACGGGCGUUGUUGAGCACUCUUUCUCAAUUGCUGAUUCCCAGCGCCGGUUCAUCACAUGGAAGAUUUACGACGUAGGAGGUGCCCGAAAUCAACGGCACGCUUGGGCACCUUACUUCGAAGAUGUAAAUGCGAUUAUUUUUCUGGCACCUAUCUCUGCUUUCGAUCAGGUAUUAGCAGAGGCUCCGGAGGUGAACAGACUAGAAGACUCCUUGCUGUUAUGGAGAUCCGUCGUAUCAAACAAACUACUUGCACACGUCAGCAUCAUUCUUUUCCUAAACAAGGUCGACCUUUUGCAGGCAAAGCUCAAGAGCGGUGUACGACUCAGCCACCAUAUGCCGCGCUAUGGUGACAGACCAAAUGAUUACGAAAAUGUAUCUUCAUACUUUUAUAACAAGUUCGGGAGCAUUCAUCAAGCAUUCACGUCGAAUAAGGAGAGGGAGUUCAAGAUUCAUCUCACGUCAGUUACCGACACCAGGCGAACUGCCACGAUCAUACAGAAUGUACGAGACAUCAUCAUUACCGUAAACUUGAAAAACAUUCAUUUGAUGUAACGCCUUUUACCGCUCUUUUCACGAGGCGCCUAAAUCAUUCCUUUGACGGAUUUCUACAUUAUCCGCGUACUAUUAUGCCCUCUCUUUAUUCAUCUGUUAUUCGCAAUUGUUCGUUUCAAGCAUCCUCCAUGAGUUCUAAUAUUGUUCUUCUAUCUCAUAUUCAGACCUUUCAGAUUGUAUACCAUGCGUCCAGCAUUACGAUUGUUGACUUAGUAGUAGUACGAACCUACCAUACCCUUCCGCUAAUUAGAAUUUUCAUACCAGUAUUAACGUUCGACUACUUUUACCCUUCACUCAAAUGCGACGAGAUGCCAGGAAAGGCGUUAUAAUAUUAUCAUCUCUCUCACAUUAUA